AUGCUCACCAUGGAGCCCGUUGCCUCGGCGCCGAAGGCCGGCGCGAAGGCCGAUGCAGCCGCAAUUCCCCCGCCGCGGCGCCGCCGCGGCCGCCUGCUCUGCGUGGGCCUGGCGAGCGUCGUCCUGGCGCUGGGCCUGUCGCUCCUGCCCCUCGCCCUCGUCGUCCUGCGCGACGACGGCGCCUUCGGGCUCGACGGCGGCGGCGUCCUCGACGUGGCCUUCGAGGGCAGGGAGGUCGUCGCCGCGGGCGCCGGGCGGCCGGCGACGCGGUCGUCCUGGCUCCACGGGGCGACGCUCACUUCCGCGACGUGCGGCGUCCGCGCGACGUUCGACGAGACGCGCCGCAAGGGCGCGCCCUUCUCGAAGCGGCUCGCCGUCGUCGAGCUGUCGUCGCCCGACGGCGGCUGGCCCCUCGUCGAGCUCGCCGGCAUGGAACACGCGCGGCCGGCGUUCGCCGCGCGGCUGAGAGACGUCGACUUUGGCGCGGUCUGGCGCGCGCGCCGCGCGGGCGCCGUGCGCGCCGCGGACGUGCGCUGCGACGUCGAGGUCGACAUCACGCUCUGGCGCGUCGUGCCCUGGACGUUGCGGACGGAGGAUUUUCGAGUGAACGCGUGGGCGCGCGACGAGGACGCCAACGAGCAGCAGCGGUCCUUCGCCGUCACCAAAGCCCACGCCGGCCGCCUCGUCGACGCCGUCCGCGACCUCUUCGAGCGCACGCUGCCGCACAUCGUCGACGGGACCUACGCCGAGGGCAACGCGACGAUCACCGUGGCCCCGCGGCCGUUCAACGUCUCGCUCCCGGACCGCUGGGACGCGAUCGCCGUGCGCCUGCCCGGCGCGGCCGUCGCCGUGACGGCCGCCGACGGCCGCGCCAACGCGACCCUACCCCUGGCCGAGGGCUGCCUCGAGUGGGGCUGGGACGACACCUACGAGGUGUCGCUCUGCAUCGACGCGGACAGCGCGCUCUGCAGUACGCUCCAGGUCGACCGCGUCGACGCGCUCGACCGGCAGAACUUCAAGUCCAAGUCCUACGCCGACGGGUCCUCGGCCCACGAGGAGGCGCUCUACGGCGCCUUCAAGUACCGCCACCUCGACGGGGCCUGGAAGGAACUCGCGUGGAGCGCGUCGGCCGAGGCCGGCGAGAACAAGGACCUGAAGCUCUCCGCGGACGCGUCCAAAGACGGCGCGGAGAAGCUCAAGGCGCGCUUCGUCGUCGACGGGACCUACGAGGACGACUACGGCGAGGGGUCCGCGUCCUUCUCCCUCGCCCUCGACGGCGACGACGAGGUGAGCCUCGUCCUCGCGGGCGGCUUCGACGUGACCGCGUGGGACGACGACGACCGCGUGUCCGGCUGGAUGUCCUGGACCGACGGCGGCGACGAGAAGCUCUACGUGUCCGGGUCCGCGGAGGGCGAGGACGACGGCGCGAAGACGGGCACGACGACGCUGUCGGUCCGCGUCGACGGCGAGGAGGAAAUUAACUGGCUGCUCGGGGGCUCCGUGGACUGGUCCGACGACGUCGAGGAGGACUUCGCGUGCUCCGUGACGUUCGUCGACCUCCUCGAGGGCGACGACGAGAAGUUCUUCGCCUACAUGACGCUCGACGGCGAGGACGACGGCGCGAAGACGGGGUCGUCGAGCCUCCUCGUCCGCGUCGACGGCGAGGAGGAAAUCAACUGGUACGUCGUCGGCAGCGUCGACUGGUCCGACGACGUCGACGAGGACUUCGAGUCGUCGCUCGCGUUCUACGACGACGGCGACGAGAAGCUCUACUUCUCCAUGGACAGCGACGCGAGCGACGACGGCGAGAAGAAGAGCACGGGCGACCUCGUCCUCCGCAUCUCCGGCCUGACGGACAUCGACGGGAAGAUGACGGCGAAGAUCGACUGGAGCGACGGCAUCGACACGGACCUCGAGGGCGGGCUCCGGGUGAAGGAGGACGGCGACGACAAGCUCUUCAUCGGCUUCCAGGUCGACGCCGACGACGCGUCCGGCGGCGCCAAGACCGUGAACAACCUGAACAUCGACGAGUGCGUCGACAGCACGUCGUGGUACGCGAAGAAGCCGUCGAAGGACUGCGACUACGUCGCGAAGAAGUCGAAGCGGUGCAAGUCGAAGGACGAGUUCAAGGUCAAGGCCGAGGACGCGUGCAGGGAGGCGUGCGUGUCCUGCCUCGGCAAGGAGUUCUUCUACGCGGGCCUCGCCGUCGACGGCGACGAUGGCGACGAGCGGGCCUCCGGCGUCGCGUCGCUGGAGCUCCGCGUCGACGACGACGACACCUUCGACGGGUUCCUCGAGAUGCUCCUGGUCAUGGGCGGCGCCCUGGGCACGGAGGACGCGGACAUGAAGGUCGCCCUCGCCAUCUACGAGGGCGACGACGACGACGAGAUGCUCGCCGUCGCGGUCACGGCCGACGGCGACAGCGAGGACGACGCGACGACGGCCUCGCUCGGGCUCAAGCUCCGCGUCGACGGGUCCAAGGAGCUCGACAGCGUGCUGAGCGGCUACGUCUACACGGACGGCGCCACGGCCCACGACGUCGAGAUGGGCAUGGCCUUCACGGACCGCGACGACGUCAAGUUGCGCGUCGCGAUGGCGGCGGACCACGAGAGCUUCGGCGACGACGCGUACGACCUCGCCUACUCGUUCACGGUGGAGCAGACGGGCGACACGGUCAUGACCCAGGCCUUCCGCGUCGAGAGCGACGGGUCCAUGAGCCAGGACGAGGGCACGACGUCCUGCGUCCGCGCGGGCAUGUACAUGAAGUCGCUGAGCGUGAUGGACGCCGACGAGAUGGCGAUGAACGCGUCCUACGACCUGAGCGUCGACGCCAUGAAGGCCGACCCGCUCCGGUUCUACGAGGAGUCGACGAUCCUCACGAGCCGCGUCGACGCCAAGAUGACGGGCAUGAUGGACGGCAUGCAGGCCCACGACGGCGCGCGCCUCGACGCGGCCGCGUGCGACGUCACGACGGCCGUGACCAUGCACACCUACAUGGCGACGAAGCAAAAGGCCGCCAAUUUGGCCUCGCCCUGCGAGGACUCCAAGAGCUGGUACAAGGCCGGGUCGCCCUCGAAGACCUGCGAGUUCGCCUUCAAGAAGAACCGGUGCGACUACGAGGACGACGGCGGCGUCGCGGCGGCCGUCGCGUGCCCCGUGACCUGCGCGACGUGCCCGCUGCCCGCGGAGAAGCUCUUCGAGUGCGGCGACUCGGCGAGCUGGCACGAGGCGGGCAAGCCGAGCCGCGACUGCGACUACGUCGCCGACAAGCCGGAGAAGCGGUGCGCCAAGGUCGACGAGUACGGCGUCGACGGCAACGUCGCCUGCAAGGACGCCUGCGGCCUCUGCGACGACGAGGACGAGGACGAGGACGACGGCGACUCGGAGGACUGCGCGGACUCGUCGUCGUGGCACGACGACGGCCGGCCCGACCGGGCCUGCGACUACGUCGCCGAGAAGCCGGAGAAGCGCUGCGACAAGGAGGACGAGGACGGCGUGUCCGCCCAGGUCGGCUGCCCCGUCGCGUGCGGCACGUGCGAGGACGGUGAAGACGGCGGGUGCGCGGACUCGUCGUCGUGGAUGCGCGACGGCCGGCCCGACCGGGCCUGCGACUGGGUCUUGGAGAAGCCGGACAAGCGCUGCGAGAAGGAGGACGAGGACGGCCUGUCCGCCUACGUCGGCUGCCCCGUCGCGUGCGGCACGUGCGAGGACGGCGACGAGGACGAGGACGGCGACGAGGACGAGGACGGCGACGAGGACGGCGACUGGGACGAUACCGUAUACGUGCUCACGCGCGACGCCGUCGUCGGCGCGUCGCUCCCGGACUGCCAGGGGGCCGACGAGGACGGCGAGAAUCUCUCAACGGUCGAGUACGACGGCGACUGCGAGUUCGACCCGGACGACCCGUGGGGCAACGAGGCGUGCCUGUACGCCGAGGGACUUUGCUACGAGAUGAUCUGCGACGGCCUCCAGUACAAUUUAUGCUCGGGCCCCGACACGGACGACUGCCUUUGGAUCAAUUCGUCGGACGAAGAUUGGGGCGAAAAUUGCGAGUGGUCGUUCGACGGCGAGGAGGGCGAGUGUUACAUCUACGAUGACGAUGAAGAAGAUGCAUGGCAAGCCGGCUGCGACGAGGACUUCGCGUCCGACGCCGUCGACGCGCCGGCGGGCACGACGCUCCACGUGGACCAGGGCUUCUGCUACAGCGAGGUCGAUUACUACGCCGGCUGCGCGUCGUCCGCGACCGACUGCUGGGACCAGUGCGAGGAAAUCUUCGGCGACGACCUCGUCGCGGUGGAUGCCUGGCCGUCGUGGGGGUGCUGGUGCCAGGACGAGUGCCAAUUCAUGGUCGACUACGGUGGUUGCGACGACGAGGCGGAGAGCGGGUGCGCGGACUCGUCGUCGUGGAUGCGCGACGGCCGGCCCGACCGGGCCUGCGACUGGGUCGCCGAGAACGCCGACAAGCGCUGCGAGAAGGAGGACGAGUCCGGCGUCGACGCCUACGGGGGCUGCCCCGUCACGUGCGGGACGUGCGAGGACGGCGACGAGAGCGAAUGCGCGGACUCGUCGUCGUGGCACCAGGACGGCCGGCCCGACAAGGCCUGCGACUACGUCGCCGAGAAGCCGGACAAGCGCUGCGAGAAGGAGGACGAGGACGACGUGUCCGCCUACGUCGGCUGCCCCGUCACCUGCGGCACCAGCGGCCAACAGAUGGGUCGCGCGCGCUUCGACGACGUCACGGGCGCGCCGCUCAACAAGGCGGCGAAGGACAUUUUAGCCCGCCACGACGAGGGCGUCUCCGGCCCCGCCGUCGGCGCCGAGGACGCCUUCGACGGCCUCAAGGCCGUCGACGUCGCCGAGGGCACCUGGAAGUUCGUGCUCCUCGAGUGCGAGCUCGGGAGCCGCAGAAAACAAAUCGUCCGCGCGCUCGAGGGCCUGAAAUUCCACGCGGAGAACUUCGACGUCGUGCACUCGCUCCUGCACCCGCUGGGCAUCCACGUGCGCGUGAUUGGGGGCGGACGGAUAGCCCGAACGGAGGUGAACAAGACCAUCAGCGUCUACGGCUACUCGAAGACCUUCGGGCGAUCGCCGGGCUGCAACGAGCGGACGGCCGGGAUCAUCCGGGAGGUCCUCCCGGGCUACGAGGUGACCUGGUCCGACGCCGGCUACUAA